AAUGCAAACACGCAACAGUGAAAUGCUUAUUGAGGCGUCGUAGAAUGGUAUAAUAGGCGUCGGGCAUAACAUCUAAGAUAGUAAAAUCACUCCAAAUAUUCAUAAAUCAAAAUGCAAACCAUUGUCCUCAACAGUGCCACGCACUGAAUUGCCAAUUACAAUAAUAAGAAAUUUUUCGUUUUGCGAUUUUGCUGACGUAAAGUUGUCUCGCAGCCAAUGUUGAAGUAAAUUUACUGGAAUUGUUCCAAGCUGGAUAUUAUUUGGGUCAAAAUUUUUUUCAAUAAAAAUCUUAAUCAUUAACUUUGUCAAAGACUGACACAUAAUUCGAUGAAACGAACAUGGAAGCUUGGCAUCUCUGUCACCGGUUUGUUUUUUUUAAGAUAAAGCGAAAAGAUGAAAGAUUGCGAAUUUCUUUUAAACAUUGAUAAUAAAGAAAUUCUUAUCGAAAUACUUAACCAUUCCAUUGACUUUUUAAUAGGGAACCGCAAUGAGCAGAAAACUAUGCACUUGUGCUACAAGUAUGGCUGCCCAGAUGAUUUUAUGGUUACCAUCCGUGCUUUAGCACGGUUUUAUAAAAAUAUAUGCUGCGAUGCUGGUGUCGACAUAAAAUCUGAAUUUCUAAAUUUAACGCCAGAGCUGCAAAAAAUCAUAGAAACUGUGCUAGACACGCGUCGCACCGAAGUAACUCGUCAUCUGAUAAGACAACUUAAUGCUCAGGACAAUCCACUAGUAGAAUCUUUUAAUUGGGAUACUCGUUUGAUAAUGGGUGAUAGUAGUUAUGCCCACAAUUACAGGUUAUUAACAACUCUUACCCUUCGGCUACUCAUUAGCGGUAAUAGGGAAGAUAAGCACCGUUUCUUGCACAUGCAAAUGGAUGGAAAAAAGUUGGAUGGUUUUAUUGAAGCCAUAGAUGACGCUUUAAAACAUGUAGGAACGAACACUAGAGAAUGUAAGAACGAACACGAUUCUUAACCAUAGUUGUCGAUUUUUGUGCAAUGAAAUUCUAAGUAUAGAAUACUACAACAGUAUUAAUGAAUUAAUGGUCUGCAUUAUCCACGAAAUAAAUUUUUAAAAUUAUUUGCUUAUUCGUGUAACAGUAUGUAUGAAACAUUCUACACAUAUGAAUGAAUUUUAUUAGUUUUUGGAAAAUUGUUCUAUGUUCUAUGUCUGCCUAAAGAUAUCAUAAACUUUUUAAAUAAAACAUGUAAGCGAAAACCUUAAAAAGUAACCCUUUAACAGGAUUUUAACUUGAUAAUAUUCUUCAUUAAAUCAAUUUUAUAUAUUGGUUUAAUAAAAUAUAUAUCUGCGGUUCAAAACACGUAAUACAGCCAAUCUUUUUAACUUAUUUGUCCAUAAAUUUAUACAGACGAGAUGCGAUGUAGUGAAUAAAUUAUAUAGGUAUGUAGAUCACAAAGUAUAUAGCAAAUAUCUUUAAAUGCUUAAAACACAGAGAGAUAUAAGGAGAAACAUAUAAUUUCAAUAUAAAAAAACGUCUUUUGCAAGUUAUACCCCGAUAUUAUAAACUAAGUACUAAGUCGAAAUACCAGCUGUAGAUUAUUAAAAUAAAGAUAUUCCAAUCAUCCACCCCCAGUGGACUGAGGUUGCAUGCCGUAGAUUAUGCACUGAAGACGGCUGCAAAGACACCUUUACUCAACUGAUACCGGCUGACAUAUAUUGACUUUUG